AUGUCCAUGAAACUUAUUCCGGAUAAUAAUAACAUGAUAAAUCUCUCCCUUUUCUUAGAUUCCAUCUCCUCAAGAGGUUUACAAUCUCUUUCAAAUUAUUUUGGUCGAAUAUUUCAACCUAACGAGCCACAUUUCUUAGAUUUGGACCGAAAUUUUUAUUGAGCAGAUCAUGUCCUAAUUAUAGCAGUAAUUUUAUCUCAGUGGGAGAACGUCCACAAGAGUCAGAGAAUUAAUUCCCCUUUCGACUUUAUCUUCGUUAUCCUUUCCUUUUUGUCCCACGCUCGAAACAAAUAAAAAUUCAAUGUCCAUGUUAUCCAGUGCAGUUAAAAAUUUCUACCAACUGUUUUUACCGCUAUGUACGUCGCGCACUAAAUUUCACUCGUUUCGUGUUUUGGAGGAGCGUGUGAUACGUGAGAGGAAUUUUGGCUCAUUUUCCGCCGGCAGUUUUCCGAGAAACUCAGUAUUUAUAAAAUUCUCAGAAGAUAAAAGGCGGAUCUGUUGUGUCCUUUUAUGGUUAAAUGACGCAUGUGAUGACAGUUGUCUGACGGGAUCUCAUGUGAAUCUCUUAACAAACCGUAUUAUUUUGUCUCCGCGUUACUGACCUCGUCAGCUGUGAAACUGUAGAUAUUAUUUGCAUGAAAACAUUUGUUAUCGUUCCGAAUUUGACAACCUUUAAAGGCCUUUUAGUCAGCUUACACUUAAAAAUUGAAAUUGCUUUUUAAAUAAACUCCUCCCUGAAUAUUUCUGUUUUCAUUCCGGCCGAAAUUGACAGAAGUGUAAAUGUCUUCUGACUUAGGUCUGAUUCGCCUUCGCUUUUCGACUUGGUUGUAAACCUCAAGGCUCUUCAAGGGCCCAUUGUUUGAGAGAGACGCAGCACUAACCCAGGAUUACAAUUCAAAACUAGGUAUGACUUAUCUGAGUCGCAUAAAGUUUUCGUCAACUGUUAAAGGUAGCGCAAUUUCGUGUUUUCGAAUAAAGACUGACGGCUGUACAUUAAUUAAAGUAAAAGGACUAAGAUAUAAUUACAUAAACGUGUAAUAUGUAAACUCUUCGCUGUAACGCUGAUAUUUUCAAAUCCUUGCUGUUUUUUGAGACUGUACUUGUCGGGGAACAUAUUCUUAUAAUCUUAAAUAAUAUUCAGGGGUAAAAAUAUAGGUUUAUUCCAGAUCAAUUCAGCAUCAAAAGAUGGUAUUUCUAACUUAGAACUAUUGACUUACAAUGCUGUUGUCUUUUCACAUACAGGGGCUUUAGGAAACAGCACCGGAACGACCUCGCUCCCUUGUACCUCAGCUACUACGUUGCAAAGGGCACAAUCAGCAGUUGUUUCAGCUACGACGACGGAGAAAUCAUCACUAUCAGUUUCAGUCACUAGGUAUGCUUCCACGUCAUAUCAAAAGGCAAAACUGUCGAAUACAUCAACUAUGUCACUCAGACAGUCGAAAAGUACAUGGAGUUUGGAAUCAAGUAACACACCUCAUAACCCAUCAUUACCAGUUUCGUCACUGCCGAAUAUUUCAGCCACAAUUCUGGACGAGUCAAAAAGCACGCUAGGAUUAUAUUCAUGUACUGUCGUGUAUUCUUUAGCAUGCGCAGCCUUGUCGAAUGUCUCAACUUCUACCAUGAUACGGAAACAAUCGAACAGUACAACAACACUACAUUCUGGUAAUAUUACAACUACGACGACUGAACAACUCGUACCUUCAUUGACAACAGCCCCAGGCAGUGCGAAUUAUUCCACAUCGUCCACUAUAUCUUCCUCUCUAUGCAGUUCCUUGGCAUGCGUAGCUUUGUCAAAUGUCUCAACUUCCAUCAUAAUAACCCACCAAUCAAUCAGUACAACAACACUACAUUCAGGUAACCUUUCAGCUACCACGGAACAACUCGAACCUUCAUUGACAACAGCCCCAAACAGCGCGAAUUAUUCCACAUCGUCCACUAGAUCUUCCUCUCUAUGCAGUUUGGUUUAUUACAGUUCAUGUUCACCUUUCUCUCCGUUGGAUGUUUCGAGUUUAUCACGAAGACAAUCCUCGCGUUCUUCAUCGUCAGUAUCGGACACCACGACUUUUCUUACAUCAUCAAAAAUCAUAUCGACGUUGACUGUUCCAAGCAGUGUGCCUUAUUCUACAUCUUCUUCAAGCUCGAUUUCAUCGGGUAUUUCAAGUACCAUGGUGCAACAGACAACAAGUCCAUCAAGUUUGGAUUCAAGUAGUACGCCUUAUUCUACAUCUACAGCGUCGCCAACAUCGACUGUUUCAAGCUCCUUGAUGCAACAGACAAUAAGUCCAUCAAGUUCGGAUUCAAGUAGUGCUCUUUAUUCUACAUCUUCUCCAGCUUCGCCAUCAUCGACUAUUUCAAGUUCUGUACUACAAAAGACAAACAGUACAUCAAGUUUGGAUUCAAGUAGUACGCCUUAUUCUACAUCUUUUCCUACUUCGCCGUCUUCGAGUAUUUCAAGUCCUGUACUGCAAAAGACAAACAGUACAUCAAGUUUGGAUUCAAGUAGUACGCCUUAUUCUACAUCUUCUCCUAUUUCGCCAUCUUCGAGUAUUUCAAGUUCUGUACUACAAGAGAUAAACAGUACACCAAGUUCUGAAUCAAGUAGUACGCCUUAUUUCUUAUCUUUUCCAACUUUAUCAGCAUCAAGUAUUUCAAGCUCCAUACUGCAACUGACAACAAGUCUAUUAACUUCUGAUUCGAGAAGUUUGCCUUCCUCCACAUCCUCUCCAACAUCGACGCUUUCGAAGAUUUCAAGUUCCAUGGUGCCAAUAAAACAAAGUUCAUUAACGUCAGAUUCUCGUAGUGUGCUAUAUUUUACAUCUUCCCCUACCUCGUCAUCAGCGAGUAUUUCAAGUUUCACGUCACAGCAGACAACAAGUUCAUUGAGUUCUAACUCUAGUACUAUCUCAAGUUCUACACUACAACAAAAAACUAGUUCUGUAAGUUCAGAUUUAAGUAGUGUGCCUUACACCACAUCUUCUCUUAUUUUGCCAUCAUCGAGUUCCAUACUGGAGCAGACAACAAGUUCGUCAACUUCAAAUUCUAGUACUGUCCCAUAUUCUACAUCUGCAUCUUCGUCAUCUCUGAUUAUUUCCACGCCAGGAUUAUAUUCAUGUACUAUCGUGUAUUCUUUAGCAUGCGCAGCCUUGUCGAAUGUCUCAACUUCCAUCCUGAUAAGCGAACAAUCAAUCAGUACAACAACACAACAUUCAGGUAACCUUUCAGCUUCCACGGAACAACUCGAACCUUCAUUGACAACAGCCCCAAACAGCGCGAAUUAUUCCACAUCGUCCACUAGAUCUUCCUCUCUAUGCAGUUUGGUUUAUUACAGUUCAUGUUCACCUUUCUCUCCGUUGGAUGUUUCGAGUUUAUCACGAAGACAAUCCUCACGUUCUUCAUCGUCAGUAUCGGACACCACGACUUUUCUUACAUCAUCAAAAAUCAUAUCGACGUUGCCUGUUCCAAGCAGUGUGCCUUACUCCACAUCUUCUCCAGCCUUGAGGUCAUCGGGUAUUUCAAGAGCCAUGGUGCACCAGACAACAAGUCCAUCAAGUUUGGAUUCAAGUAGUACGCCUUAUUCUACAUCUAUAGCCUUGCCAUCAUCGACUGUUUCAAGCUCCAUACUGCAACUGACAACAAGUCUAUUAACUUCUGAUUCGAGAAGUUUGCCUUCCUCCACAUCCUCUCCAACAUCGACGCUUUCGAAGAUUUCAAGUUCCAUGGUGCCAAUAAAACAAAGUUCAUUAACGUCAGAUUCUCGUAGUGUGCUAUAUUUUACAUCUUCCCCUACCUCGUCAUCAGCGAGUAUUUCAAGUUUCACGCCACAGCAGACAACAAGUUCAUUGAGAUCUAACUCUAGUACAAUCUCAAGUUCUACACUACAACAAAAAACUAGUUCUGUAAGUUCAGAUUUAAGUAGUGUGCCUUCACCCUUAGCGGCAUCAACACUACUCACAUCAUCAGUUGAACCAUCAGCAUUGGCAUCAACAUCUCCAUUACUAACACCAUCACCAUCAUUAAAGUCGGAACGUACCACAGUACGCAAUCAAUCGCAAUCAACGCAACCAGCACCAUUCUCAAGGGGACCACCAGAAUCACCAUCAGCGUCACUAUCGCCAACAGUAGUUGCAUCAGGGUCAUCAUCAUCAGAACAAGAGUCGCAAUCGAUAUCAUCAUUAGCAUCAAACCAAUCAUCACCGCAAUCAUCACCACUGUCAUCACUAGCGCAAUCAAAAUCAUCACCGCAACCACCGCCGUCCACAUCCUCAUCAGCAUCACAGCCGCCAUCAUCACUGGCUUUAGCAUCACCACUCACAUCAGUAUCAGAAUCAACCCGAGUAUCGCCGCCACCAUCAGCGCCAGUGUCAACAGUGCCAUCACCAUUGACACCACUGCCACCAUCCCUCUCGUCAUCAUUAAUGCCUGUAUCACCAGAGCCAUCAGAUUUUCCGUCACCGUCACCAUCGGCAGCACCACCAAAGUCUCCAUCACCUUCUCCACUGACUCCAUCACCGCAAUCCCCAUCACUUCCACAGUCACCAUCAGCACUGCAACCGCCAUCAUCGUCACCACCAGUAUCACCAAUCCAGUCAACACAAUCUUUAGCUGUAACACAAUCUAAUGACAAUGUGACACAAUCUUUAGCUGUAACACAAUCUUUACCAUCCUCGUCGAUAGCAUCAACAGGUUCGACAAAACAAACUGUAUCGACGACAACAAAAGUAGUUACAAGCACAGUGUCUACGUCAUCGACGUCGCAACCACCUACUACAUCGUCAAUAGGUAACAUAGUAAAUAAGUAAACCAUCCAUACCUCAUGAUUACGGCACAAUAUUAAUGCUGUAGAUCUGCUGUAUAACAUACAUAGUUCAGUUCUGUGGUGCAACAUCUACACUUCAGAUCUGUGGUAUGACAUCUGCACUUUAGAUGUGUGGUAUAAUCAUAGCGCUCAUAGCGGUUCUUUAGUUUAUACUAACAUCCGUUAUUAUGUUACGGGACUUGAGGGUCACUCCUGACCAUAUGACAUAUGACUUCUGCACAUGAUUGCAAAGGGGCAAUCAUGUAUCAUGGGCUAUCUGACACUUUACGUGAAACGUGCUUAAAAUAACCCGCAGGAACAACCAUUACUGAUAAAAUUUGUUUCUUUCAUUUGUAUUAUGACUACAGUAGAAGGCGCUAAGAAAUUCGAUGGAAAAGGCAAAGUGAAUGAACUUUGGGACGACGAAUAUAAAAAUAGCAGUUCCGAUAAGUACAAAGACCUCAAGAACAGGCUGGAAACCCAUUUAAGAGAAAUUCUCGAAAAGAAAUACGGACAGAACUUAAUCAAUCUUAAGGUGGAAAACUUCCAGAAGGGGAGUAUAAUUUUCGACUUCACAGUUUUCCUUACAUCUACGACGGAUGUUAAUGCCAACAGCCUGAAGGAGGCGAUAGAGAAAGAUGAAGGGGGCUCAAACUUCACUAUUUCCGUUGAAAGUGUAAAGCAGGUCGCUGGUCCCACACCAACAGUAACGUCGCAAUCACCCACUACAUCGUCAAAAGGUAAGAUAGUGAAUAAGCAGACCAUCCAUACUUCAUUUGUAGAAAACCAUUCGCAUCUCAUGUUUGCAGCACGAUGUUCAUACUAUAGAUCUGAUGUAUAACAUUAACAGUUCAGUUCUGUGGUAUAACAUCUACAUUCAAGGCCUAUUUGUUCAAAGACCUGGCAACGCUACCCAACAGAUGAACUGCAACCCAACAGAUAAAUGUUAGCAAAACGUCCUGUGCAAUCCACCGGAUAGAGAUUUAUUCGGUGGAUAGCGUUAUCCACCCUUCGAACAUCUGGGGCCAGAUUUUUUCGUAGAACAUCCACGCUCUAGAUCUGUGGUAUACCAUCAAUAUUUCAGAUCUGUAGUAUAACAUCCACGGUUCAGAUCUGUAAUUUAACAUCUAUACUUCGGAUCUGUAGUAUAACGUCUAUACUUCAGAUCUGGGGUAUAACGUCUAUACUUCAGAUCUGUGGUAUAACAUCUAUACUUCAGAUCUGUAGUAUAGGAUCUAUACUUCGGAUUUGUGGUAUAACAUCUAAACUCCAGAUCUGUGGUAUAACAUCUAUAUUUCAGGUCUGUGGUAUAACAUCUAUCCUUCAGAUCUGUGAUAUGACAUCUAGACCUCAGAUCUGUGGUAUAACAUCUAUACUUCAGAUCUGUGGUAGAACAUCUACACUUUAG